AAAAUGUUCUAUCAAUUACAAAGGGAAGAGGUAAAUAAAUAACUUAUAUUCGAAGAUAUAGUGUAGGAGUAAAUAUCUGAAUAUUGGAAACACAAAUUAAACACCAAAAGCUCAUUAAAUCAUGUAUCUGAUUAAUAAUCAUUUUUAAGGAAUUUAGGAUAUUAUAUUCAAUUUGAAAUUAAGUAAGGAAAAUUGUGGAAAUUUGCUUAUAAGUACUUCUAAAUUAGAUAUAAAUAUAGCAUAAAAUUACUCUAUAUUAGAAAAUAUAGUAAGUAAAGUUCUAAAAAUUGGAAGUUCGAAAAUGCAGUUUAGAGAAUCGAAUGAGUGAGAAAAUAUUUAAUAAAAUAGUGAAAAAAAUGUCUUAGGGACUAUGGAAAUUAUGAAAACUAUUUUAAGCAUGGAAAAGAUUGAAAUGGAACUGAGUUUGAUUAUUG